GAUCAGAUAGCGCAUUAGAAACGUUGACCUCCACUCCACUUCGCUCGGGGACUUUGAUCACCGGACUCUGCAUUAGCAAUCACAAAGCUGCGUAGCUUCCCCUAAAACUGAAACCACGCUAGUAUAGUGCCACGAGUGUAAUAGAAAUGGCUUCGAUUGCUUCAAAUGUCACUCCAAACCCUAACCCCAACACGAACGUGGUCGUCUUAUCCCUCCGGAAGCCAUUGUCGUGUACUUUUGCUUCGAAUUCAAGCUUGUUUGGUAACAAAUUUAUCGGAAAAUCUCUCUCCGCUUCAAUCCAAAGGAAACGAUCCGAUACGGCUCGGUUUGCAGGUUUAGCCCCGAUCAAUGCGUCGUCGUCGUCCCAUUCUUUCGAUGUGGUUAUAGUCGGUGCUGGAAUCAUCGGGAUGUCAAUCGCCCGGCAGUUUCUGCUCGAGUCGGAUCUUUCCGUCGCCGUGGUUGACGCAGCUGUGCCUUGCUCUGGCGCUACUGGUGCUGGGCAGGGCUAUUUAUGGAUGGUUCACAAAGAACCUGGGAAUGAUAAAUGGGAGCUAGCAAUGAGAAGCCGUAAACUGUGGGAGAUGAUGGCAGAGAACGUACAGCAGCAAGGCAUGAAUCCUUUGGAGAUACUCGGUUGGAAGAAGACAGGAAGCUUGUUAGUUGGUAAAACCCCUAAACAGUCAGCCAUGUUAAAGAGAAAGGUGGAUCAGCUAUCUGAAGCUGGGCUGAGAGCCGAGUUCUUGUCUUCCUGUGAUUUGCUGUUAGAAGAACCUGCACUGAUGGUUGGUGAGGAAGGUGGGGCAGCUUUUCUGCCUGAUGACUGUCAAUUGGAUGCUCAAUGUACGGUUGCCUUUAUUGAGAAGGCUAACAGACAUUUUGCAGCAGAAGGCAGAUAUGCAGAAUUCUAUCAUCAGCCAGCAACCAGUUUAUUGAGAUCUGGUAGUGGGGAGGUCAAAGCCGUUCAGACUUCCAAAAACAUCUUGUAUAGUAAGAAGGUUGUUGUAAUUGCCACUGGUUGUUGGAGUGGGUCUUUGAUGCAUGACUUGAUUGGGGACUCAGACAUUCACUUGGAUGUCCCUGUAAAGCCUAGAAAGGGACACCUGCUUGUGCUGGAGAAUUUGAAUGCUAUCAAACUGAAUCAUGGUCUGAUGGAGGUGGGUUACGUUGAUCAUGAAGCUGCAGCUCUGGAUUCCUCGGUUUCUGCAUCAGGGCCAGUUCAUGCACAAAUUUCAUCAAUUUCAAUGACAGCCACCAUGGAUGCUUGGGGAAACCUUGUUCUUGGGAGCAGCCGCCAGUUUGUUGGGUUCGAUACAGAAAUUGAUGAGUCCAUUAUCAAUCGCAUAUGGGAGCGGGCGGUGGAGUUCUUUCCGGCUUUAAUAGAAUUCUCUCUUAGAGAUUUCAGGGAAAGUAGAGAAGUGAGAAUAGGAUUAAGACCUUACAUGCCAGAUGGGAAGCCAAUGAUUGGGCCGGUUCCUGGUUUGUCAAACUUGUUCCUUGCUGCUGGCCACGAAGGGGAAGGACUUUCAUUGGCUCUGGGUACUGCUGAAAUGGUUGCCAAUAUGGUGUUGGGCAAUCCUGGGAAAGUUGACCAUGCACCUUUUGCCUUGGAAAGUAGAAGCUGCAUGUUUAAAUAACCAUGCUUGAGGAUCAGAGAUCCAGUGGCAUACCUGUUAUGUGAGCUGUUUUUAUUUUAUUUUGUGAGUUGUAGUUUUAGAAUAUGUUCUUAAGAUAAUCUGGAAGUCACAGCACCAUGGCUCCCUGAAUGUGUUCUUUUGUCUUCUCGUAUUUCUUUAAGACCUGCAACAUGUACUCUCCAUUUGGUAGUUUCUUACUUUUAAAUUCGUCUUCCAACACAUUAAAGCUUUGUAUGCUUCCUCCACUUAUUAUUAAUUUUUGUUUCCUCUGCUUAUUAUGGUACACAUCUCAACAGUGUUAUACACAAAUUUCUUUGUUCUUUGUUAUUAAGUGAUAUACCUAUGUUGUACUGUGUAUUGUGGUCCA